AUGAGCCGACAUUUUAGUUCUGUGUCUGGCCACCGGGGGGGAGCGGGCUUCAGCUCUGGCUCUGCUGGGGUGGUCAGCUUCCAGCGCAGGAGCACUAGCAGCUCCGUGCGCCGUAGUGGUGGGGGCGGCGGCGGAUUUUCAAGGGGAAGAUGUGGUGCUGGGGGUGCUGGCGGUGGUUUUGGAAGUCGGAGUCUUGUUAACCUUGGUGGCAGUAAAAGUAUCUCCAUAAGUGUGGCUGGAGGAGGUAGACGUAGUGGUUUUGGUGGUGGUUAUGGCGGCAGCAGCUUUGGGGGUGGUGGUUACGGUGGUAGUGGCUUUGGGGGUGGUUUUGGCAGUGGUGGUUUUGGGGGUGGCUUUGGCAGUGGUGGUUUUGGUGGUGGCAUUGGCAUUGGAGGUGGUUUUGGUGGAGGUGGUUUUGGGGGUGGUUUUGGGCCUGUCUGCCCCCCUGGUGGCAUUCAGGAAGUCACCAUCAACCAGAGCCUUCUGCAACCCCUCAAUGUGGAGAUUGAUCCUGAGAUCCAGAGAGUAAAGUCUCGAGAAAGGGAGCAAAUUAAGACGCUCAACAACCAGUUUGCCACCUUCAUUGACAAGGUGCGGUUCCUGGAGCAGCAGAACCAGGUGCUGCAAACAAAGUGGGAGCUGCUGCAGCAGGUAGACACCUCCACUAGAACCUACAACUUAGAACCCCUUUUUGAGUCAUACAUCAACACUCUGAGAAGGCAAGUGGAACAACUGAAGAGCGACCAACCUCGUUUGGAUUCAGAACUGAAGAACGUGCAAGACCUGGUGGAGGAUUACCGGCGCAAGUACGAGGAAGAGAUCAACAGGCGGACAAAUGCAGAGAAUGAAUUUGUGACCAUCAAGAAGGACGUGGAUGCUGCUUAUUUGACCAAGGUGGACCUCCAGGCUAAAGUUGACAACUUGCGUCAGGAAAUUGAGUUCCUCACAAUACUCUACCAAGAGGAGCUGUCUCAGUUGCAGACUCAUAUCAGCGACACCAAUGUCAUCCUGUCCAUGGACAACAACCGCUUCCUGGACCUGGACAGCAUCAUCGCUGAGGUCAAGGCCCAGUACGAGGAGAUCGCCCAGAGGAGCAAGGCUGAGGCCGAGGCCCUGUACCAGACCAAGUAUGAAGAGCUCCAGAUCACUGCUGGCAAACAUGGAGACAGUUUGAGAGAUUCAAAGAUAGAGAUUUCUGAGCUGAAUCGGGUGAUCCAGAGACUUAGAUCUGAAAUCGACAGCGUCAAGAAGCAGAUCUCUGCGCUGCAGCAGUCCAUCAGCGAUGCCGAGCAGCGUGGUGAGAAUGCUCUCAAAGACGCCCGGAACAAGCUGGCUGAGCUGGAGGACGCCCUGCAGAAGGCCAAGGAGGACCUGGCCCGCCUGCUGCGUGACUACCAGGAGCUGAUGAGCACCAAGCUGGCCCUGGAUCUGGAGAUUGCCACCUACAGGACCCUCCUGGAAGGAGAAGAAGUCAGGAUGUCUGGAGAGUGUGCCCCCAAUGUGAGCGUGUCUGUGAGCACCAGCCACACCAGCAUCAGUGGAGGUGGGAUCCGAGGAGGCGGCGCUUUCAGCUCUGGCGGCGGUGGUAGCUACAGCUCCGGAGGCGGUUACAGCUCUGGAGGUGGCGGCGGCGGCUACAGCUCCGGAGGCAUCAGCGGGAGCCAAAGAGGCGGCUCUGGAGGCGGCGGCGGCAGCUCUGGCGGCUGGGCUUCUGGUGGCGGGGGCUCUGGAGGAAGUUUCAGCUCCUCUGGAGGCCGGGUGAUCAGCUCUGGGGGUUCCAAGACCUCUGGUGGCAGUUCCAGCGUGAAGUUUGCUUCCAGCAGCUAUUCCCGAGGGACCAGAUAA